CUACACUAGACUGCUAUGCAUGCUGCUGUGGCCGAACCUCUUCUCCCGUUCCAAAUCCCCCAUUCCCUCAUCACCGUCUCCACCGAGCCUCUUCUCCACCUCUCCUCCACAGCGAGAGACAGGAGCCAUCCUCCCCUCCUCCUCACCUUUCCCAUCCACAUCCGGAAUCGGCAACGGCAGCGCGCGCCUCCUGCGUCGAUUUCCCACCCACGCCUCGAGCCGCUGCCCACCUCCUCUCUCUGGUUCCUGGGCGACACAGGAGGGAAGGGCAGAGGAGCAGUUCAACUCCAAAUCGGCAUGGCAGUGAGUGCGACGUCGGGGGUGUUGAACCCGCUCCUAGGCAAACUCUCCAGGCUGCUCGGCGAAGAAUACAAGAAGCUCACAGGUGUGAGGAAGCAGGCAUCUUUCCUCAAGGAUGAGCUCAGCGCCAUGAAAGCUCUCCUUGACAAAAUGGAGCCCAUGGACAAGCUCGAUCCAUCGGCCAAGGACUGGACGGACCACAUCAGGGAGAUGUCUUACGAUAUGGAGAACUGUAUUGAUGAUUUCAUUCAUGACAUUGAAGGUGCCAGAGCAAAGAAAGGCUUCGUCAGGAAGAUGGCUCAGCGCCUCAGGAGGCUGGGAAAGGGAAAGCGCCAUCAGAUUGCCAACCGCAUCGAUGAGCUCAAGGUUCUCGCGAUGGAGGCAAAUGCUCGGCGCAAGAGGUACAAUAUUGAUGCUUCCAUCAAUUCGAGUCCUGGCCCUGUGGUUGUGGAUCCCCGGAUCCCAGCGCUCUACGAGGAGGCAGCAGGCCUAGUUGGUAUUGAUGGCCCGAGAGAAGAGCUUGUUAGUUUGCUGAUGGAUUCCGAGAAGAAACUCAAAGUGGUUUCCAUCGUCGGGUUUGGAGGUUUGGGUAAAACCACGCUUGCCAAACAAGUGUAUGAUGAAAUUGGAAGGCAGUUUACACCCAAGGCAUUUUUCCCGGUCUCCCAAAGGCCAGAUGUGAAAAGCCUUCUUAGUGGCCUACAAUUAAAGCUUGGGAUGGCGAAUUCUUCUCAUGCUUCCGAGCUGCAAGAUAUUAUUGACAGCCUUAGAGAACACCUCAAACAUAAAAGGUACUUAAUUAUAGCUGAUGACGUGUGGGAUCAGUCAACAUGGAAUACUAUUAGGUGUGCCUUUCCAAACAAUACUAAUGGAAGUAGAGUAAUGGUAACCACGCGAUUGGAUGACGUAGCUACCACAACAUGUUUGAGUGAUCGUGCCUGCAUUUACAGUAUGAAGCCACUCAAAGAACAAGACUCAAGAAAAUUAUUUUUCGAGAGAGUAUUUGGGUCUGAAAAUGUAUGCCCACCACAGUUCAAAGAAAUUUCGGUUGAAAUUCUCAGGAAGUGUGGCGGGUUGCCACUUGCAAUUAUCACCAUAGCUGGCCUAUUAGCUAGCCAUGAAACAAGAUUGUUGAAUGAAUGGGAGAACAUAAAGAAUUCUCUUGGUGCUAGGUCUGCUACAAAACCCACCUUGGAAGAAAUGAGGGGUAUUCUGAAUCUUAGCUAUGUGCAUCUUCCUAUUUAUCUUCGGCCAUGUUUUUUGUAUCUUGGCAUGUAUCCAGAAGAUCGUGAAAUUGAGAGGGAUGAUCUCGUUCGGCAAUGGAUAGCCGAAGGCUUUGUUUGUAGUUUGCACAGAGCGGAUUUGGAUGAUGUUGGGAAAAGUUAUUUCAAUGAGCUUGUCAAUAGAAGUAUGAUUCAGCCCGGAAGAACAUCUUAUGGGGAGGUAAUCUCUUGUAGGGUGCAUGAUAUGAUGCUUGAUUUGAUCCUAAGCAAGAGUACAGAAGAUAAUUUUAUCAGUGUAGCAUAUAACUAUGAGGACAUGGCCAGAUUGCCCAGUUGUAAGUACAAGGUUCGUCGAUUAUCCUUCCAAUCAGGUGUAGGUGGUGCAAAGUCGGAGGCCCUUGCUAAUGGCAUGUCACAAGUUCGAUCAUACGCACGGUUUGGAAAGUCCCAAUACACACCUGCCCUUUCACAGUUUAAGUAUCUAUGGGUGCUUGCCCUUGAGUUUCCUUAUAAUUGGGAAAUGACAAUCGACCUCACUGUAAUUGGCUGUUUGUUUUUACUGAGAUAUUUGCAUGUGUUAGCCUCAUCAGCAGCCGUAGCGCUCCCGGAAGAAAUCCAAGGUCUUGUGCAUUUGCAAACUCUGGUGCUAUAUUGCAAGUCGACACAAAGCUUUCCUUCAGACAUAAGUUGUUUGGCCAACUUGUUUCAUCUGGUGCUUCCAAGGGGUGGACUGCCUGAAGGGAUCAAGAAGAUGAGAUCACUCCGCACCCUGCGUUGUCGAUACAUGUUCGAGAGUUCACUGGAGGAUAUAAAAGGUCUUGGUGAGCUGACCAAUCUGAAGGAAUUGUACUUAAGCACGGCUGGAUGGGAGUGUUUGACGUUGGAACAAGAGGAUUCUUUGGUCUCCUCCAUUGGAAUGCUCCGAGACCUCAAGCGCCUCUCCCUCAAGUUGGAGCGUAGAAAUAGUGAUGUUGGUGUGUUGCACCUGUCGAGUGAUCAGGUUCAUGUUCUUGGUGAGCUCCCCUCCCUUGUCCAUGUCAGGAUCAAAGUGUCGGAUGUCUCCCAAGACAAAGUUGUGGUUGGCACGGGGUUGUUCCCAGUUCUGGAGCACUUUUGGUUUGAGUAUGUCAAAGAUGCCAAUGCGUAUCUGAGUUUCGAGGCAGGAGCUAUGCCCAAGGUACAAACACUCACACUGCAAUUCAGAUGGAGAGAGUGGAGAGGUGCUACACCAGUCGGCAUGGAGUGCCUGACCUGCCUCCAGAAAAUCGAAGUGUGGACAUAUCGAGCUGGUUUUUUCGCUGAUGUACGAGCUGAAGUCGAGUCUGCCUUCAAGGGCGUCGUAAGUCUGCACCCAAGGCAUCUCUCUGUUACUUGGCGUCCCUAUGUUACUUUUGGUAGCCAUCCAUUCGGUUGAUCCGCCACUUUGUUGUCUGUAACUUAAUUAUCUUCUUGAGCACUGUAAGCCAGGUCCUUUAUUAUAAGGCUUAGUUUUCAUUGUCAUAGUAUCACUUUCUUUUAAUAAACGUGAUGGAAACCA